AGCCUGGGAACAAAUGCUUUUUGUGAAGUGUCAUCUGGUCCUUUGUUGGCGGCACCAGGAAAAGGCAUUGCCCUCGGCACUGCGAGUCUUCCUCCAGCUCCUGUUCCUCAGUGUGCCUGCUGAGGUUGAGAUUUUGGUCCCCAGUGAGAGGAAGGCUGUGGGUUGGUUAACAGUGAAUUGAUAAGCAUUCAUGUAUCCUGUUCCUUAAAAAGUGGCAUUUAGCACGUCAUUUGAAUUAGGAAAAAAUCUCUGCUCGUUUCCUCUUUUAAUAGGUAACGUUUUGGAAAAGCUGUUCCCCAGCGAAGGGACGUUAGGGUGCAGUUGCUAAGAGUUCUUUGUGAAACCCCAGAGAGUUGUGGUUUUCCCCUUUGAGAGCACGAGGGAUAGGGGAGCACUUCUGCACCCCUUGGCCCAGCCUUUGAGCCUCCACGUCCUAUUUCUUUUCUGGAUGGUCUAGGACCAGUUACAGAGGUGGAUUCGGGGUAACGUGAGUGCCUGUGCAAGCUCCAUGUUCAUAUUUGACGAGAUGGAUAAACUGCACCCCGGGGUCAUCGACGCCAUCAAGCCGUUUCUGGACUACUAUGAGCAGGUUGAUGGCGUGUCGUACCGGAAGGCGAUCUUCAUCUUCCUCAGCAACGCAGGCGGGGACCUCAUCACGAAGACGGCCCUGGAGUUCUGGCGUGCGGGAAGGAAGAGGGAGGACAUCCAGCUGAAAGACCUGGAGCACGCACUGUCGGUGGGAGUCUUCAACAACAAGCACAGUGGCCUGUGGCGCAGCGGACUGAUAUACAAAAGACUCAUCGACUACUUCAUCCCCUUCCUGCCCCUGGAGUACACACAUGUGAAGAUGUGUGUGCGGGCAGAGAUGAAGGCCCGUGGCUCCGCCAUAGACGAAGACAUUGUCACCAGAGUGGCAGAGGAAAUGACGUUUUACCCCAAAGGUGAAAAAAUCUACUCCGACAGGGGCUGCAAGACUGUGCAGUCGCGGCUGGAUUUCCAGUGACGUCCAUCCGAGCAGGGCCCGAGGCAGCUGGGAGCUCAGGAGCGAGGGCCUGGCCUUUCAGAAGCAUUCUGAAGAUGUCGUCAGGGUUUGCACAUUUGUACCUGUGGACUUUUGGAAUCUAGAAGUUUCUAUGAGUUGAUUUUUGAUGAGCCGCUAAAUUGCCAAGUGCACUUGUCAUUUUGCAACAUGGUAGCAAUGCAACUGUUGUUGCAGUUGAAGAUGAACUUUUAAAACCCUUCUCCCCCACUCCUACUGACUUUGCAGAAGUGCCUUCAAACAGCUGUCUGUGUGAGACCCAUAACUGUGGCCCUCAAGCUGCUGUCCCUCCUGAAGUCCAGGGCCUGCUGCAAGCUGGGAGCACUGGCUGUCACCUGCCGGAAUCAGGCUUCCGCUCCGGUUCUCUCUUCACAGAGAGCGUCCCGACUUGAAGUAUUUUCAGUGGAGAAUGGUGGUGCCUUCAGGCGCAGGCCGCGUCUGGCGGGAGGACAUGUGGGGUCCUCGUCUGUGCGGCAGCCGGACGGACAGAUCAUCGCCGCCUGGCCGUUGCUCUGCUGCUCGGGGAACCCGCUCGCCUGUGGCACUUCUUCUGAACGUCAGUGACCACCAGCUUCCCCCACCGCUAGUCGGACUGGAACCAGAGCGUUGGUUUCAGUUUCAAGUCCUUGGUCCCAUGGGGAAAUGUUUGUUACAGUGUACACUUGGGUCAUUUUCUUGCUGUAACCCACAGAACCAUUUGAAAUCCUAGAACACGGUCAUCUCUGUGGAGAUGGGGUCAGCUUGCAGACUCUGCAUUGCCAAAGUGGAAGUAUUGUACACUAGAAACACUAGAGUUUUCAAGGAUGAGUGUAUACACACACACACACACACACACACAUAUUUUAAUAUAUUUUUCUUGAUUUUAGAGAGGAAGGG